AUGUGUAAGGAGCUCAUAUUCACGUCAGAUGGUUUCCAAAAUUUAACAAAGCUGGAGUUUUUGAAACUUUCUUAUUGCAAACAAUUGAAAGAGUUGCCUCAUCACGUCACAAAUCAGGCAUUCUUGAGAGAGCUUUAUUUAGAUGGUUUGGACAGUUUAAGGGAGCUACCAAUUAAAAUUGGUCAACUCAGGAAGCUGCAAAUGAUAAAGAUAGGGAGUAACUUGUUGAAAAGUUUGCCAGACACUCUUGGAGAUUUGUCCUCCUUGGCUCAUCUUUUGAUUCAUGAAUGUUCCAACCUGGAAUCUUUGCCAACCUCUCUUGGAGAUUUGUCCUCCUUGACUCGUCUUUCAAUUAAAGUUUGUCGAAAGCUUAAAUGUUUACCGUCCUCUAUUGGGCAUCUUAACCUCUUGACGCAUUUAGAGAUAUGCCAAGUAGAUUUUGGGUCGGCGUCUUUAUCUUUUGCGUUCAACAACCUGAAGAGGAUGGAACUAAAGGGAAUAAAAGCCCCUAGGAUUUCAAUUUCUGAAGAUCAUAAUCCCUUCCUUGAGAGUAUAGAGCUUUCUUAUAAUUAUCAUUUAAUGAAGAUUGAAGCACUGCCAGCAAAACUUGAACGUCUGCAUAUAUGGGGGUGUCCAAAGUUGGAGGAGCUUCCGAGCUUUGCACGAUUAUCUUCUCUCAGAGAAUUUCAUGUGGGAGAUUGGAACCGAAUUGGGAAAAUUAAAGGUUUAAAUUAUUGCACAAAGUUGGAAAGAUUGAAACUACACACCUCCUGGGAGGUGUCGGGCAUAGAAAGUCUGGAGCAGAUGGAGAAAUUGAAUGAGGGAUCAGCUAUUGGAAGUUGCAUUCAAAUGAUAAAGAAGCAUUCCUCCAACUCCAAUGGCAAUGCCGUUAUGCACUGUUAUAUUAUAAACUGCGUGUCUCUGAUACCAAUGGAAAGCAAAAUGACAGUUCACUUACGAUACAAUGAUGGAAUUAUUGAGAUCAUGGAGAUAGAGAAGGGUAGAUGGGCUUAUAUAGUUGUAUCCACAGAACUUUCUGGAUGGUUUGCUGCAGAGGGUUGCUUCACACUUAAUACAUAUGAUCCCUUGGAAGGGGUAAAUGUGAAAUUGGAGAGAGGUUUUGUUGUGAGAGGGGAACACCAAAAACUAAUGGAGGCAUUAUUAUCAUUGUUAUAA